AUGCCUCCUCGAAUGCAAUACCUUCUGUAUAACGGUCCCUGCUUCAAGGCUGGCCGAUCUGUUUUCACACAGCAGCGACUCUUCUCCAAAACUCGCCAUGCCCGUGGACAGGACAGCAGCGACAACGCAAAGCUGACGCAUGUCUCUGCCUCUGGGGAAGCACGGAUGGUCUCCAUAUCAGACAAGACGGUGACAUCACGCAUCGCCAAAGCUGCAUGCACCGUCCGAUUCUCGAACAGCACAGCGAUUGGGCUCAUCAGAGACAACCAGAUGAAGAAGGGAGAUGUCCUGGGGGUUGCGCGGAUCGCUGGCAUCAUGGCAUCGAAGCGAACUCCAGAUCUGAUCCCACUCUGUCAUCCGAUCUCGCUCAACAAGGCGACAGUUGAUCUCGACGUCAGGGGUGACGACAGAGUCGAGAUCGCAGCCACGGUCACGUGCGAUGGAAAGACGGGGGUGGAGAUGGAGGCGUUGACGGCGGCGUCUACGGCGGCAUUGACGGUUUACGACAUGUGCAAGGCUGUGGAUAAGGGCAUGGUUAUCGAGGGGUUGAGAGUUGUCCUCAAGGACGGGGGCAAGAGUGGGAGAUGGGAAAUGGAGUGA